GAGUCUGAGCGGCCUCAUCAAAUAAACAUGGUACAGGUGUGCGCCUCGCGCGCGCGGAGCUCCUCUACCGAUUCAUGCACCUGUAAACGGACGGCUGGAGCUAAGCUGAAAAGAGGUCUAAUUCUUUUCGGAAGCAGUCUUAAAAAAGAUGAAAGUGCCAGAGGCGGAAUUAAUGAGCGACAUUCUGAAGAGGCUGACGGGCGAGUCUGCUCUGCCGGUGUACUGCUGCAUCGAGAAGUUCAAGCGCGAGAGGGACGGCCUCUACUUUGUGGCUGAGGCUUUCACCGAAACGGUCAAAAAGAGAGAAAUGGUCAACGCCAAGGAAAGACUGAGAAUAAGGAACUUGAACACGAUGUUUUCCCGGCUGAAGCGGAUGCUGCCUCUAAUGCAGCCAGACAAAAAGCCAAGUAAAGUUGAUACUCUCAAAGCAGCAACCGAAUACAUUCGACUUCUACUGGCUGUUUUGCGGGACACAGAAAAUAAUAACACUGGAACGGAUUUCCUAAAGAAUGCCAUUACUUAUGGUCAGCCGGAUGGCUUCGCCAAUGACCUCUGGAGGAUGGAUGAUUUCUUGAACUUGUCAGAUGAUCACAUGGAGGAUGGAUUCACCAUGCCAGCAGAACCUGCAGCAGAGGAUGGAGACAUAUCUAGACUGGUGUUGCAGCAUUGUGUGAUGCCAGCAUACCAGUUCAUCAUUCAAGUAGCACCUGAUCAAGCUACGAUGUCUCAACCCUGCUGAGAAAAUGAGACCGAUAUGGGACUCGUGACAGGGGGAUUCGGUUUGUCGCUGCCACUGACCCAGUGUCCUUGUUGUUUUCUUGGACAUUGAUGACUUGCAUUCUUACUUUUUCUUUCCCAAUAUUCAAAAGGACUUGAUUUAAAACCUUGUCUUUACUUUUUGCAUACAUUGACUGAGAGCUGUGGCUCAGACGAAGCUCUUUCUGUUUCAGGAGCUGCACUUAAUUUGAGUAGAUGACUAAGAUUUGGAUUAUUUUUGUUUGUUAAUGUAAUCAAAAAAAGGCAAUGUAAAAGAUGGAACUUUGUGACAAUUUGAGUUCUAUGUGAAUCCUAUGAUCAAAUUGAAAUGAGAUUUUUAGUGAAAUGAAA